AUGGUAAAGGAACCAGCACAGGGAGCCAUCUGGCCUUGUCACAUUAUAUAUACACUAUGUAUGUUUGAACUUGUUUGCAACACGCCAGGAGAAGUUGAUGAACGAUGUAAAGUAGAUUGUGCAUGCUGUAAAGAUGGAAAAUGUGGACAAGGGAAAUAUUUUUCUUCUGACGAAUGUACUCUAGGCUGUAUAGAUGGUUAUAGAGGUGCUCGCUGCUACAAACGAUGUACACACAAUUGUACAAAAUGCGAAAGACAUAGUGAUGUAGAUAAUUGUAUUGCGUGCAAUGAUGGCUAUUAUCCCGGCUCUGCUAGAGACUGCACAUCGAAGUGUUUACCGGGAUGUAAAACAUGCACGUCAGGAACCACGUGUACAUCAUGCAUGGAGGGAUUUUACGAUAUCAAUAAUAAAUGUAAUCGUUCAUGUCCAUUUAACUGUAUCACGUGUUCGUCGAAUAAUGAUUGUGGAUCGUGUAAGGAUGGUUAUUAUAAAGGUUACCAGAACGACAACAUUAAUUUUCCUUUGUUGAACGACUGCACAUAUAAGUGCCGGGAUAACUGUCUACGAUGUUCAUCCUAUGAUAGAUGCUCGCUUUGUAAAACAGGGUUUUAUGGACCAAACUGUGAGAAAAAUUGUUCGACUGGUUGUUUAUCAAACUCUUGCGAUAUGCAUACUGGAAACUGUACAUGUUUUCCAACUUUUGCUGGAGUAACAUGUGACAAAUGUAAAACCGGACAAUAUGGAAAUUUGUGUGAUCAACAAUGUUCAGUAGGGUGUAAAAGUAACGUGUGUGAAAGAAAAUCCGGAAAUUGCAAAGAUGGAUGUAUCGUAGAUACGAUCAUUGGUGAUAAAUGUUGA